UACUCAAAUGAGAAUGUUUGACCGAAAUUGUCCUCUCUAUUACUAUCUUUGAAGUGAAGAAUUGAACCAUCGAAUCGAACGAAGAAAGUUGAUUGAAAAUAGAACUAAUGGCGAUGAUGUAAGAACAAGAACAUUCCAUCCAUCAACUACCGAACGUGAUCACGAUAAGAAGUUCAUUGGGCCACUAAGUAUCAUCUUAGGAUUGAAAUAAGAAAAGUAUGAGUGGGAACAGAUGUUCAAAAAUUGUAGAACUAUAAUUUUUUUGUUCAUUACAACGAUAUUGAGAUGCUAACCACAUUGUAACUGCGAGGGUUGUGUAGGAGAGUGAGAUAGUGUGCGCGGGAAAGGGCGGAGGAUGAAGUACUCAUUAUACUAGAAAAUUUUCCAAAUCAUCUUAUUUCUGUUUUUCAUUUUGUUUAGAGUUCUGCAGGCAUGAUGCGCACCGAUAGCGGUCGAGGAAGCUCAUCGAGGCAACCGGAAGGUGCUGAGAUUGUUUAUUCGAAAGAAAAUGUAACGAUUCAGCCUACGCAGUUUGCGUCUGAAAGGAUUCGUGGAAGAUUGAGGUUGAUCAAGCGAGAAUCGUCUCUGUUCAUUACAUGGAUUCCUUACGAAGGACAAAACUCAAAUGCGAAAUUAUCGGAGAGAGAGAAUUUGAAUACGGAAAGGUUAUGCAUCUAUGGGAGAUCUUGUGGACUCAUUAUCUGUCUGAGCACCUACAUCUAUACAUUUGUGUUGCGAUCUUGAAGCGCUACCGUAACAAAAUAAUGGGGGAGCAGAUGGACUUCGACACGCUCUUGAAGUUUAUCAAUGAGUUGAGUGGCCACGUUGACCUCGACGCUGCCAUCAGGGAUACAGAAGCUUUAUGUGUGUGUUCAGGAGAGAAUGGUGCUGCUAACAUCCCUCCUGGUACCCCAUCCUCAUUACCACUGGAUGAUAGCUCAUAUUACGUUCAACAAG